AUGGCAUUCAAAUCGUUUAAAAAUAAAAUCCCAAGAGCUAAACAUUACCAUCCGUCUUCUAAUGCUGCUACUAAUAACUUGAAUAACAACAAUAACAACAAUAACAAUAAUAACAAUAAUAAUAACAACCCUGGCAAUAACCCUACUUCAGCCACCACCACCACCACCACAACAACAACAACAACAACAACCUCUAAUUAUACCAAUAAUAGUAACUAUUCAAAGAGUCUCAAUAUGUCUACUGCUGCAAUAUCUACUAUCAGAAAUAGUAAUAGGAUUAGGCACACAGCAACUACUUCAUUUUUCGACAGUUCGUAUCAACUGUAUAAAAAAAGACAAAAUCAAACCCAAAAGAAGACCACUCGGGAUCAUACAAAUUACACAACCUAUAGAUUGAACAAUAACAAUGGAUCUAAAAAUAAUAAUAGAAGAUCCCGACAUUAUCCAAAUUUACAUCCCAUAAUAUCUGCUAAUACAAAUUAUAUAGAGCAUCCUACCAAUAAUUUUCAUACUUUAAACCAUUCGAAUCCACAAAUUAAUCUAAAUAAUACAACUAGCACAACUAACACAACAACUACUACUACUACUACUACUAAUAAUAAUAAUAAUAAUAAUAAUAAUAAUAAUAAUAAUAAUAAUAAUAGCAAUGUUUUGAAUGAUUUUCCUUUAAAUUUUAACAACCGUACUAAUAAUAUUUCCCUAUUUAAUGAUGUUUAUAAUACAGUUUCAUUCAAUGGUAAUGCUAAUAAUAGUAACUCAACUAAUAAUAUAAAUGCUGGUAAUUUAUCUCAAUCCCCAACUACAAUUAAUAAUAAAAGGAACAUUUUAACUACUCAAUAUUCUUCACCGCGUAAAUUGACUGAGGCAGAUAUAAAGGAUGAUAAAUGUCCAUGGGAUGAGGAUUUAGAAAAUAAUUUAAAUUCCGAUACCUAUCUGAAGAUACAUUGUGAACAGAUUAAUAAAUGUUUCCAAUUGGGUCAAUAUAAUAAAAUCAAUUCGUUAUAUCAGUCUUUAAGAAGAAAUGAUUUGGUACCAAGUAUAGAUAUUUAUGAAAAAAUAUUCAUAUCGUUCCACAAAAGGUCAUUUGACCAAAAUAAUCAAAACCUAAAUGAAAAGAUGUGGCAACUGUUGAAUUGUUAUCAGGAUAUGAUCAAUAAUAAAUUGAAGCCAAAUUCAAAGAUUUAUAAUAUUUUACUUCUUCAGAUUUUUAAAAAUUCAAUUAUCGCUAUUGAGACAAAUAAUAUGAAUGGUCUUGACUUCUUCAAGAUUGGUUCCGAGUUGUUGACUACUAUCACCCAAAAAAAUAAAAUAUCUAAUGAGACUAUAAACUAUUAUCUUUUGUCAAUGAAUUUAUAUGCAAGAGAAACUAUAAUGAGAAUGAAAAGUCAUAACAAAGGAAAUAACAAUAAUAUAGCUAGCGUUGAUACCAGCUCCAUUAUUCCGGAUUUGACUUGUUUGAAAAAUAAUCUGAUUGAAUUAUCAUCUAUAGUGUAUGAAAAGGAUUCAUUUUAUUUCUUGAAUUUCAUCAGUUUGGCCAAUUUGAAAAAAGAUUUAAUAAUGCUUAAAUCUCUUUACAAUGAAUUUUUGUUUUUAUUACCCAUGGAAAAAUCGAUAUCGUUGAAGGAAAACCAAUUUGAAAUAUAUUCGAUGUUUAUUACUGCAUUUAUUGAGACUGGUGAAUUGACAGUCGGUUCAAAAAUGUUUAAUAAUAUUAUUAAUGAAAUCAAGAAAAAGAAUGGUUCCAAAAAAAUUGUCACCAUGGUUUUAUCAAAUUUUAUAAUCUCUUUAUCCAAGGUUGAUCCACAGCGAGCUUACUCGGUCUGGUUUGAAUUUAAGAAAUUGAGUUGGGUCCCAGAAUUUUCUUAUGAAUUUUAUCUUUUACUGUUAUCCAAUUGUUUCCAUGAUUGGGACUUGACUACAAAGAUUUAUAACUAUAUUUAUCCAAUGGAAAGAUCCUUUAAUUCCAAGAAUAAAUUUCAAAUUAAUAAAUUUAGAUUAAACUCAAACACAAAUCUAUCAACAUAUCUAUUAUAUCCAAUACAUACGGAAAAUGUUAUCAAUCUAUUAUUAGAUUAUGCUCUACAAUUAAGAGAUUCUGAUAUUAUUAUGAAAUUAUUAGAAGAAUCAAUGGUUAAAAAUUUUAAAUUUGAUUCUAAUUUGUAUCCGUUUAUUUUUAAAUUUUUGAAAGAGCUUAAUGCUCCAGUGGAUUAUUUGAUUAGAUUUAUUGAAAUUCAUGGUAGUUUACACCCAAAUCUACCAUUUCUAUCAUCAAUUACAAACUCUUGUACUUCUCCUGAUUUACUGUUGAAGAUUUAUAAUAUGCAUUUUUUCCAGGAGAUUUGUUCAAAAUUAAAUUUCAGCUUAAAUUCAAUUAACCAAGCUCCAUUUGAUGGGCUUGUUUCAAUUAUGUCUGUUGUUUGGAAUUCAUCUCAUCCAAUAGAAUCAUAUCCACAUUUGUUGAAAAUUCAUGCAAUUAUUGUCAUCCGAUUGUUUGAUUUCGAUACCUUAGAUCCAACAAUGAUUCAUGAUAUUGAAAUGUCACAACAACCAGGUAUGAAUAAUACAAGACAGAUGGAUCAAUUCAUUUUGUUUAAAGAAAAGAUUAUAGAUUGUUUCACUAAAUUUGUUAAGAAUUAUAAAGGAUUUAAUUUGGAUCCAAGUAAAAUUGAUCCAGUUGUUCCGCAAGCAGCUAAAUUUAUCAUAGAUUUGAAACAAGAAUAUGUUGAUUAUUUUGCGCAUCCUGGGGAUUGGGACAAAAAUUAUCCAUUGUCAUUAGGUCCAGCGAUUAGAAACUCUACAAAGACGGGGUUGAAAGAAUAUGAAAAUUUAUCAUCUAAAGGUUAUUGUUUUGACUAUGAUACAUUUAAAGAAUUGAUUAAGCAUAAAUAUUAUGAUCAAUCAAUUAUUAAUAAUUUUUUAGGUUUUUCUCAAGAUGAUAUAGAUGAAUUAAGAUUUUCGAGAAAUUUAUUGAUUAGUAAAAUGAAGGCUGAAGAUAUAGAACUAAUGGUGUUGUUAAAUGGUCCAAAUUUUCAAAAGCAGGUGUUACCAUAUUUGAAUGAGGUUUCAUUAAUUAGAACCAUGAAAUCAUUGGUCACAAUUGGAAUGGAUACAUUUCUUCGCUUGAUCAAUUUUCCAUAUGGAUUUAAGCAUAUAACAAAGCAAGCCGAAUAUAAAAGACUAAUCGAAUUUAUUUAUACACAAUUGUUCGAAGAGGGUUAUUAUGAUCUAAUACUUGAACUAAAUGAAACAUGUCCUGUUUUGGAUGUUGAGAUUUUAUUAGAAUCAUGUAUCAGAUCUUCUAAUCCGAUCAAUAACAACAAGUUUAUUCCACUUUUUGCUAAAUUUCAAAACAGUCCAUUACUUCUAACCGAGUCACAACGUAUUAGAAUUGAGUCGGAGUAUCUGAUCAUUAAGGGACAUAUUAAGGAAGCCGCGGAUCUUCUAGAAAUGAAUAUUGGCAAUAAAGAUGAAGAUUUGAUAAAUCUUUAUUCCUUUACUGUCUUUAUUCAAAGUUUUUACAGUAAUAUAACACAAUUCAAAUACACCCCAAAAAAUACUAUCCAAUUAGCCAACAUGCUCUCAGCAUGCUCAUCAUUUAUAAGUGUAGUAAACAAUUAUGAUCAUUGGAAUAUGAGAUCAUCACAAGAGGAGUGUACUAAGGAAGAAAUAUUAGGACAAAUGUUACAAAACUUAAUUGACGCAUCUAGAUUAUUUCAACGUGAAAAGGCCUUAACAGAUGAUAUUAAAAAGAUUCUAAAUGAGAAAUUGAGGACACUUUAUAGAUUUAAAGUGUACUUAAGAUCACCGCAUGUAACAAUAACCGAAUUGCAACAGUUGAUCCAUAUUUGGCAAGUCAUUAAUCCUUCUUCUGUAAUUCAUUUGUUUAACAAUAUUGUUGAAACGGUCUAUUUGAAUCAGGAUAUAUUAGCAGAAACGGGGACUCUCACGCUACAAGGUAAUUUAGUAUGGGAAUUUGAUAUUGACUCUUUGGUUUCUAUCUUAGAGGAUGUAUCUGUUAGUUUCACUAAAGAUGAGGAGAACAUGUCACGUCUGAAUGAGUUUAGAGACUACAUAUACCAAAGGUACCCAAUGCCUAUUGAUGCUGUUGUGAUUUAA